CCGAUUGGACAGUAACUAGAUGAAAGUAAAACUUCAUAUUUGCGAGGGAGAAGGGGAACGCAUAGCGACCACUGAAUUAUUUCAUCAACUUGGCGAGCGAAUAAGCUUUUAGUCGUACCGGUCCAUCAUGCAGAUGCUGAGAGAGAAGAAGACUUUGUUAACGGAGAUCCUGUCUGCGGACUCCAGCUACAUCCUUCAGCAUGUGCAGCAGGAGGAAAUAGUGACUAAUCGUGACUACAACAACCUAAACAUCCCCAAUCAGUCCGAUGAGAAGACUGUCGUCAACCUGCUGGAUAAAGUGAUGAAUAAAGGAGACACAAAAAGCUAUGAACUCGUGAACCUGCUGCAGAAACCACAUAUUAUAAAAAACUACCCUAGACUGGAGGAAAUAUUCAACAACCACACAGAACCCAGUGACCACACCUUCAACCCAGCCCCAACAAUCCCAAUUCCCUGUACAGAUAAUUCUGACCUGGAAACAGUGGUCACAGGUGGCGAUGAGGUCAGUCUGUAUGAGAUGACCAGUGUACCCCGUGGUCUCUGUUUGAUCAUCAACAACGAGAUAUUUGAAAAACUGAGUGAAAGAACAGGAUCAAACAAGGAUGCUGUGGAUCUGGCCAACAUAUUCAGCCGGAUGAAGUUCAGGGUGGUGAUGUGCAAGGACAAGACUGCAGUGGAGAUUCCCAGAGUGCUGAAGGUCUUCUCUGAGCUGAAGCAGUUAUCUGACCUCCAACAGUACAAUGCGAAGGAGUGGGUCGGUGGUCAGUUCACUGAUCUAAAGGAUCUUCCUAAGCAUGGCGAUGCCUUCGUCUGCUGCAUUCUGAGUCACGGAAAGAAGGAGGGCGUCUGUGGUACAGAUGGAACAGUCGUCCCCACCAUUGAUAUCCUCUCACCUUUCAACGGCACAAACUGUAGCAUGCUUGUUGAAAAGCCCAAGCUGUUCUUCAUCCAAGCCUGUCGAGGGAAGGACGUUCAGAAGGGCGUGCCGGUGAACAAGAAGCCUAAAGUUGAAGGGAUGGACAUGGAACUGGACACAGACGACGGCCAAGUCCAAGACUACACCCUUCCACUAUACUCCGACUACCUGGUUUUCAUGGCCAACGUAGAUCAGUAUAUCUCCAUCAGGAGCCCAACCUCUGGGUCCUGGUUCAUCCAGUCUCUGUGUGGCCAGCUUGAGAAAAGCUGCACCAGAGGGAAAAACAUAUAUGAGAUCCUUACAGGGGUCAAAGCUGCGGUGAGCAAGAAAAAAGGUGACCUUCGUAUUAAAGAUGCUUACGGUGGUUAUGGCUACGAGGUGGUCAAGCAAUCACCAGAUUCUAGAGACACCCUGACCAAGAUGCUCAUCUUUCCUGCUGAGACCACGCAUUCUUCCUGAUGAUCUCUUGAUGUUACCAUGGUACCCUUCAUCAUCAGUGGUCCAUAUGCUCUUUCAAGUUCAGUUUUUUAAUUUUUUUUUAAAUUUACCUUUACUUAACCAGGCAAGUCAGUUAAGAACACAUUCUUAUUUUCAAUGACGGCCUGGGAACAGUGGGUUAACUGCCUGUUCAGGGGCAGAACGACAGAUUUGUACCUUGUCAGCUCGGGGGUUUGAACUCGCAACCUUCCGGUUGCUAGUACAACGCUCCAUCCACUAGGCUAACCUUUGAUAUGAAAGGUUGAAUAGGCCAUAAUCAUGACACUAUCAAGUUCCUGUGGUGGCAUUCUUAUUCUGUUUUACAUUUACCUGGUACAUUUAUUACAUUUUUACAUUAAUUGUUGUUCAAUUUUACAGGACUUGGACAAAAAUAAAUUUUAUAUUAAUGAUACAGAAUUUCACCAGCUUAUAUACCAAAAGUCCUGUGGCACUGCUGCAGCUCAACCAAGAGAGCCAGGUGACAUUGACUUUUUAACCAAACUAUUAGUUUGAUAUGUGAAGAUACUCCGAAUCAGCAUUCUAUGUAAAGUUUCAUAGCAAGAACAACUGGUUAUUGAUAUCUUGGCACACUGUUUCAGCUUUACUUUCCUUUUUUUUUAAAUGUGAUUUCAUCUAUUUUAUUUAGAAUCUUUUAUACAAUCAUGUUUUCUUACAUGCCUUUCCUGCCAUCUUAAAAUAUGUUAUACUUCAAAAUAAAUAUUUUAUCAACAGUUGGA